AUGGUUUUGAGAGGGUGGCUGGCUCAUCUAGCUCAAAUCGCCCCGCGAAUUUGCGGCGAAAAUUCUUCCCGAGAUCUUGAAUUCUCAUGUCUUGGUGACCCUGGGUCUUCCAAGAGAAGCACUGCGCCUAAGCCCCCGGUUCCCAUCAGUGGCCUCCAGUGUCACUACAUAAUCCCACUCAGUCCCUGCACGUGGCUGUUCUCGACCAUAUUACUAGGCCUGUUUUGCGAGCGCCUGCUGUGA